AUGUUGAAUCGUUUAAGGAAUGUUAUAAGGAUAACAACAAAUUCAGCGGUGCGCUCCAUAUACACGACCACUCCGCGGACGACUGAAAAAUUCGAUCAUAAAAGAAUUCCGGCCGAUGAUGAAGGCGUUCAGGGAGAAAAAAUUGUUGAUUUAGACUCCGUAAUUAAAAUGAAACAAAAUAUAUUUCCAACAUUGGAAUCAGAUGAUUUACUGUUUGACGGAACGAAAUACAAAGAUCUUCCAAUCUGCAACAUUAGAGUCACCCAUAACAACACAAUCUUUACUGUGACAGACGCUACAGGAGCAGUUAAGGUUAUCAGGUCAUGUGGAAUGGAAGGUUUUAAAAACACAAAGAAAGGAACAAACAUUGCAGCGCAGACUACUGGAAUUGGCAUAGCUACAAGAGCAAUAGACAGAGGAAUAAAAACUAUUCGAGUUAGAGUUAGAGGAUUAGGACCUGGAAGACUGUCUGCGGUUAAGGGCUUACAGAUGGGAGGUUUAGAUAUAGUCUCCGUGACUGACAACACACAUGUUUCUUGGAACCCACCAAGACCAAGAAAAGCAAAGAGAUUG